ACAGGUGAGAAUGUGUUUUAUGAUAUAUAUGCCGCCUUCGACCUGCAAUCUGAUCUCCAGUGGCAGCAGGAGGCGGAGAGUUCUGUGGCCGGCGGCAGCGUCUCUUCCCCCGGGCAGGAACAUAGCUUUACCUCACUGCUGCGCCGGUCCCCGCUGAUCCAGAUGGGGCCGGCCAAAGACACAGUGGUGAUCGGGAGGAUCUUCCACGUAGUCCAGGACGACCUGUACGUCGAUUUCGGCGGAAAGUUCCAUUGCCGGUGGCCGGCGGACGGAGAGGAGCUAUUGCGGGGCAGCAGAGUCCGUCUGCGGCUGCAGGAUCUGGAGCUCAUUGCCUGCUUCCUGGGAGCCAAAACCGACACCAAGCAGCUGGAGGCCCAGGCCAUACUGCUUGGCCCGCUGGAGGGAAGGGAAGCCCGGGAGAACCAGCACCAGGAUUGAGCGGAUCGGAAUGUC